GCAGUUUGGUAUUAAAAUGUUGUCAGUACGACCGACCAUUGUGUUGUGACACAUUUCAGAUGAUAGAGGCAUGUUCAGCUAUUUUAACAAAUCACAACAUCAGAUUGACAACCGGGACUGACGGCGCUCGCGGCGAACAACGUUGCAGCUGCUAAAUUUUGAGGUUGUAUCCCUAAAACAAGUGCAGAGUUACUGUAGGCAGGACGAGCUAGCUAGCGUUAGUCAGGUCGGACGGCGGCGAGGCCCCAACCGGGACGGGAACACGGGGGAACCAUGGCCAACAUCGCAGUUCAGAGGAUAAAACGGGAAUUCAAGGAGGUGCUCAAAAGCGAAGAGACGAGCAAAAACCAGAUAAAGGUGGAUCUGGUGGAUGAGAACUUCACAGAACUUAAAGGGGAGAUAGCAGGGCCACCUGACACACCGUAUGAAGGAGGUAGAUAUCAACUAGAAAUAAAAAUUCCAGAGACGUAUCCAUUCAAUCCACCAAAGGUGCGGUUUAUCACGAAGAUCUGGCAUCCCAACAUCAGCUCAGUCACAGGCGCAAUAUGUCUGGACAUUCUCAAAGACCAGUGGGCAGCAGCUAUGACGCUGAGGACCGUCCUCCUGUCGCUACAAGCCUUAUUGGCAGCUGCAGAACCAGAUGAUCCACAAGACGCCGUGGUAGCCAAUCAGUACAAGCAGAACCCAGAGAUGUUCAAACAGACAGCGAGGCUUUGGUCUCAUGUCUAUGCAGGCGCUCCCGUCUCAAGUCCAGAUUACACGCGCAAAAUAGACAAACUCUGUGCCAUGGGCUUUGAAAAAAAUGCAGUAAUAGUGGCGUUGUCGUCGAAAUCCUGGGACGUGGAGACAGCGACAGAGCUACUGCUCAGUAACUGAAUCUUGACACCUUCUUCCUCUUGAUCCCCCUCUCUCCCUCACACAUACAUACCCUCUCUCUUUUGGAUUCCUGGUGUCUCAUGGUGUCUUUUCCCCAGUUGCACCCCCCCCCUCACCUCUUUAUCCCCUCUGUGUGGCAUCUCUCUCUCCGAUCAUGACCUCUGCUGUAUCACACUCCAAUCAGUCGCUCUGUGAGCUCUCAUCUCUGGUUUCUCUCAGUUCAUUCAACAUUCCACUCAUUGCUGCAAUCACAACUUCAGCCACAUCUUCACCCCUUUUUGAAGCAAAUGUCAGACUUAAGACCCGCCCACGCCCGCCACUCUCCCAGCUGUUCUGGCUGUGUCCAAGAAGCGGCCGUCAGCGGCUUAUCCUCGCCUAUGCAUUGCAUUUACUUUCAUUCCUGAAAACCUUUUUAUAGGAGCAAGUCAAGCAUUUCAAGGAGGCUCUUUUGGACCUGAUUAUGAUUUUUACACUUUUUUAUUUGCCGGUUUUCUAAACGGGGAUUGAGUCUAGACUAAACACAUUAUUGAAUUGGUCUCUCUCUUCUUAUUCUUUUGCGUGGUGUCCAACAUUACUUGAUCAGUUCUCUCAAUCACAAUCAACAUUUUGAGGGUACUCUAAAUUGACUAUUAAAACUUACAUUUUGGGACCCUUCUGAGUCAUUAUCUUGUGCCAUCACUGCAAGCUUGUCAGGGCGCUACAAUUUUUCAGGUUUUUUUUUUCAGGUAAAAUGUGGAAAUUCAAAUACAUUUGUGGUAAAUUAAAUAUAGUGCACCGGUUAGCAAACAUGGAGUUAUCCAGACACAGUGUUUAAGAGGCUUGUUCCCUGUUCAGGAACCAGCUCAUUAAGUGUCCCCGAGGUGUUCACAUAGUAGCCAUCCUCAUUUUCCUGCCGUGUUUCACUUCAACUGUCUGAUGAACCCAGAGCUCCAAUCCCCACACCUGUUGUUGACAUGGCUUACUUCACCUGUCCCUUUCCCCACUUUUUUUUUUUAAAUUUUUUAUUUGCUUUUGGCCUCCUGCAGGAAUACAUUUGGAUUCUUGUUUUUAAACUGAAAGAAAACCAACAAAGAAAAACAUGUUUGGCCGUAACACAACCUGUCCUGGGUCUGGAUGGAAAAGUAGUUCAAAAUGAGUUUGAAAAAUAUUGCAUCAUCUUAACUACGCCAACAGAUAAAUAUGUCAAAAAUGAUUAAUCUGUAAAUAAAGAUAUUAAAGUCUGUGUAAAUUAAA